CUUGUAAUAGUGGUCAGCGGCCACUUCGACUCGAUAUCUUUCCACGUGCCACGCACGAUCAGGGUGUUGGUGGUGAUUAGAUGUGGAUUUGGAUCCAACAUCAAUCACCAGCUUUGUAUCAGUGGUGAUUCGAGUUUCAGAAACACAGAGCUUCAGGAAUGGCAAUAUACACGACAUAAGGGCAUCCUGUACCUCGGUCCCGGUGUGGGAAUCUCCAUUGACCUUGAUAGGGCACAAUGGGCGCAUGCUAGGCAAGCUUUUCAACGCGGUUUUACGGACAGCGAGAAGCGAAGACUUGAACGUCAUUUCAAUAUGAUGAGAAACAAGCCUAGGAAUGGCGAAUGGUGGGAGGAAUGGAGAGGCAGAGUUGCGUCUAUCAUGGGCAUACUUUCAGGAGGUGUCAAGCUUGCCGCCUCAGUCAAAGCUUCAGCAGGGGGUGGAUUCUUCCAUUUGCAAUACGGUAUGUUGAGUCUCAAAGCCGGUGGAGCAUUCGUCAAAGGGGCUGCUAUCAUCUCGGCUGCCGGCCCCGCUGUUCUUGUUGGCGUGGGAGUCGCUGCUGCGAUUUAUUUUGUGCGAUGGGAUAAACCGUUCAGUUGGUUUGAACGUAGGUUUCCUUGGCUUCUCAACAAACUAAGGGACAUUUGGUCAAUCAUUCAGAACUGGCUGUCA